AUGGCUGUGAACGGUGGCUCUCGCGACUACUGGAGAGAUGAUGAAAUAGUGGUGGACCGCGAUGGGAUUCCCCAUUUCACAGGGGCGGCCCCACAGCUGAUGCGAGAGUACAGGCGCAGAGUUCUCUUUGCCUUCAACAACCUGGAAGGCAGCGGCGACGAUGAAGAGAAAGAGCGGAAGAGCUUGGCCAAGAAGAAGAAGCGUUUCGGGAGGAAGCUCCUGGAUGCCUUGCAUGGAGAGGCCUUCCGGGCCUGCCAGGACCUGAUGUUGGAGGCCGAGAAGCUCCAGGAGCCCGAGGGCUACAAGCUCAUCUUUGCCAAGCUCCAGCAGAUCGAGAAGGCGGGCGUCAUCAAGAAGACCGAGGCCUUCGACCAGUACUUUGACAAGUGCUUCCGGAGGAAGGGGCAGUCGAUUGACAGCUAUCUUCGCCAAAGGAAGCAGGACUGGAGCGAUCUACAGGAUGUCGCCGAGGGAGUGACCAUGAGCGAGGAAUUGCAAACCUACUUCCUGCUGAAGAACAUCGGCCUCAGCCGGGAGGAUAAGAGGCAGAUCUUGCUCGCCAACCAGAGCGCCUACACCAUGGAGGGCGUCGAGAAGGCACUUCGUGUCAGCUUUUUCGACGUGCAUGAAAGAGAGAAGCGCGAGUGGCAAGGCAAUGCAAAGCCCAAGGGCGGCGGAAAAGGUUUUGGACGGCGCCACUUCGCCCACCCCGUCGAGGACGAGCCCGAGGAGUACUUCGCCGAGCCCGGCCUUGACGACUACGACGACGGCGGCCAGCAGGACUAUGCCCACGUUGUCGUGGACGAGAGUGCGGAGGCGGAAGCCGAGGUCUCCGAUGCCGGGGCCAGUGGUUUUCUUCGACCACGGGAAGGCAGCAGCGGCAUGAGCGAGGAAAAGAAGCAGGCCAUUGCCCGAGAAAAGGCCCGCAGCCGUUGCGCAGCGUGUGGUCGUUUGGGACAUUGGGCAGGGGACAGCGCCUGCCAGAAAGGGAGCGCAGGAGGCAAGAAAGGUUCCAAGAAGGGUCGUGGAGCAGACCGCGGCCAAGGCAAAUCAAAGGGCGCCGGGAAAGCCUAUGCCGUCUUUCAGGAGCCCCGCUUCUUUAGCCUGGAGAGCCUCGAUGACGAUGCCGACGGCUUCUGCAACAUGGUCGCCCCCGACCUCGAGGAGGACACCGAGAAAGGGAAGAUGGAGCAGGACAGCGGGUACACCGAGACCGACGACAAGCGGAAGAUAAGAGAUAGCCCCGGCUCCUCGAGCAGUGGCUGGGAAGAAGUGUGCCCACCUCCUUUUCCGAGCGGUGGCGAUGGAGGCGGCUACGGGCGGCUGCCGCCCGACCUUUUGCCAGUGACGGUCCCCGACCACAGCCCGAAGAAGGACAGUCAGGAGCUGGUGGUCACGGUGCCCCGGGACAAGAUCGAGGUGAAGAACGUGACCAGCUACCGGGACGUGAUCCCCAAGAGCAUUGCCCAGCUUCGGCUUCGAGAGCUGCAGUCCGACUGUGACCGAUGGCAAGUGCAAUCCGCCGGCAACAAGGCCGUGCUUCAGCGGCUGUUGCGCCUUUACCGUGGCGAGCCCGUGCUCAAGAGAGACUCCGAGCAGCAGCGGCACGGCGGCCCCAGUCACGAAGGAGGGCCCAACGACCUAUCCGAGGACAGUGGCGGAGAAGAUGGUCGAUCCGCGGUCUGGCGAAGCACGCCCAGGCCCGAGCACGACAGCCGUGAGGCCGAGACGCGGGAGUUUUCACCUUCUUUGCCCGAGCUUGACUAUGGCAACGGCAAGGGAGCAGCAUGGUUCUGGAAUUCAGGGACCGAUGGUGAGCCCAACACCCUCGACAAAGACACCGCGCACUGUUUUCAGAAUUUGUUUGAGAAUUCGUUUUGCAACAUGGCCGGCUCCAAGACGGGGCGGCGCAACCUCGAUGAGGAAGAGGGGCAGGUGAAUGAGGCCAAGGUCGCGCUGUUGGAUACGGCAUGCACUUCGUGCUUGCAUUCAAGGAGCUGGAGGGAAAUGUACUCACAGACCUUGCCAACAGGAACCAGGUGCGAGGAGACCGCGACCCGGAAGAGCUUCCACUUUGCCAACGGAGCCAGCACGAACGACAAGCUGGUGGUCUGGAGAGUGCCGAUAUACCUCGGCGGCUUGGCUGGAGAGGUUUUCUCGGCCGAAGUGAAUCAAGGCAGCACCCCUUUGUUGCUGUCGAUCCCGGCCCUGGACGCCCUGGACGCAGUGAUGCACAUGAAGGCCCGCCACGUGGAGCUCAAGGCCCUUCAGCUUGACGUGGAGAUGCUCGUCACCAGGACCGGGCACUUAGCAGUGGAAGUCGCUUAUAACCCCGAGCUCCCGAAACCCAAGGCAAGAACAGACAGCGCUGGCCCACCGAGAGCGCUAUCUGAAGUUGCGGACCUCAUGGUCUACUUUGCCGAGGAAGCCGAGUACCCGCUUCUUUGUCAACUGGCUGCACCCGACCCAAGUGCCUUUGCGACGGUGGCCGUCCAGAAGCGGGUGCCUAUGCUCGGCCCACGGGGAGUUCGCCCCGGUGAUGUUCUCAGAGAGCUGCCUGCCCGAAGGGCCCAGGAACUGCAGAGGAACGCCGGCCGAGCACGACGGCGAGACCAGAGGACCUGGGCAGCGGUGAGAAGGAGCUAUUCUUUGGCAGAGCAGUUCUGCACCAAUGGCUUCCGGGACUCGGUCAUCUACGAGCCCUUUGCCGAAACCUUGGCCCUGACAGUUCUGGCGGCCGAGGACCAUGGAUGGACCUGCACCCAGCCAAGCUACAACCUGGACGGUUAUGAUGUGACGUCGGUGCCCAGCAAGGAGCUCCUUUCGAAUGUCCUGGAGAAGCACCGGCCCUACCUCGUGGCGAUCCUUCCUUCCAGCCGCCUCUGGGGGCUCUUAGAGGAGAUCGGCGGUGAAGUUUCAGCCGAGACGGGUGCCCAACAAAGAGGCACCAAGGUCCUACAGCUGAUUCGUUGGAUCUGCCGUGAACAAACCAAAGCCGGGAGAUAUUACUUGAUCUCCGGCCCGGUCAGCUCCAAGGCCUGGCGUUUUCGAGGAAUUUUGCAGAAGGCGGCGGAGAUGGGUGCCGAUAUGGUGCCAAAGCGCACGCCCAGGAGAAGGGGACAGGCCCUGCGCGACGGUCCCUUCCAAAGAAGCUUGGCCGAGAGAUAUGCCAAAGGCCUUUUGGACACCAUGCGGCUGGACUAUGCCGUGGCCAUGUCUUACCAGGAGGGUGCCUUUUGGACGGACGCGGCCUACCCCGUGGACAUGGAGCUUGACGAGGACGAGGCCGACGAGGACUUCGAGGAGGUGUGGGAAGAUGAAUGGAGAUUGGAGCCUGAUGGGCGCAUGGUUCGGAUACACCGGAUGGGACGCGCCGAGAGCACGAAGAUGACUGGCACCAAGCCUCGUGGGACCCGAGCGGCGUGGUCAAUGGACUUCACCUGGACCGGAGAAACGGAGUUUCAGUUGGCUGGUUCUCCCCUGGGCCCUUCUAAUGGCGGCGCGGACCCCGGAGAAGACAGCACACAGAGACCACAACCACCACCAGAUCAGGGGUCCAAUGUGGGCGAGUCAGCGAUGCCUUUUGACUCCGCCGCCUACGAGCCCAGCGAAGACUAUGAGCCAAGCGUACCAGAUCCUGAUGCACCACAAGUUCCUUUACCGCCCGGCUAUGGUGAGCAGAGCUUAGUUGAGAUUUCAGCGGACGCCGGAGAAGGCACACAGAGACAACAACCACCACCAGAUCAGAGGGUCCUUCGUCGCAGACAGAGAACUAGGCAGCUGCAGCGUGGCUUCUGGUCUGAGUCGUCCCACGAAGAGACCGUACAGUUGCUCGAGGGGACCCUUGACUACAUCCAGCAGGAGGGCACAGAGGGCUGGAACAAGAUCAAUCUCGACAGCGACCUGGGGAAGGCGUGGGCCUCCUUGGAGAGCGCCAGUGCCGAUGUGACCUUGAUCCUUUGCUCCACUAGUGCCCGGCGACUUAAGAAACCACAACCACAUGCUGGUCCCCAUGAAGUUCCUUUGCGGAAGUCUUUCGUACUACUUGGUGGUGGCACGGCCCUGACCACGGACUGGGAGCAAUGGUACUCGAUGUCACCCUCAGCACAGAUCAGGCCGAUCGUGGCAAGAGGCCGCCGACUCUAUGUGGCAGUGUUUGGCAAGGAGGUCGGCGAGGCCGAAGGCGAGCCCGAGCCCGACCGGCUACAACAAAAGGAGCAGGCGAGAGAUCGGCAAUGGCAAGCUUUACCUCGAGAGCUCAAGCUGGCCAUCAAGCGGGUGCACGAGAACCUAGGCCAUGCCGGCCAGCCAGCGAUGUUGCGAGCAUUGCGCAUCGCUCGCGCGUCUGAAACGGCUAUAAAAGCAUGUCGUUUGUUUCGAUGUCCCGAGUGCCCUCGACUCGCAGAGCCAAAGCAUCCGAGACCAUCCAAAUUGCCGGUUGCUAGCGAAUUUAACGUGAUGAUCGGCCUCGACGUCUUGACUGAGAAGGACUCUGCGGGGUAA